GAAUAAUUAUCAUUUCAAACACAUAUUUACGAAUUAUCAUGGAGGCUUAUCAUACUAUAUCACAGUUUGGUAUCAAACAGGUCGAAGUUGGUGGUAUUUGAUACGUGAUCGCAUAAUCUUUCUUAUAAAAUUGAUAAACAAUGCCAGAAAACGUGAUAAAUGGAGAUCAUGUUGAUGUGAAGAGUGUUAACUGUGAAACUCAAGAGAAUGAUGAAGAAACUAACGAAGUAGACGUACAUUUUGAACCAAUAAUUUCUUUGCCAUUAAUAGAAGUAUCCAAUAACGAAGAAGAUGAAGUUGAAAUGAUAAAAAUGAGAGCAAAAUUAUAUCGUUAUGAUUCUUCCAAUAAUCCAGCAGAGUGGAAAGAACGUGGUACUGGAGAGGUGAAGUUAUUAAGACAUAAAACAAAAAAUACAGUAAGAGUUGUAAUGCGUAGAGAUAAAACACUUAAAAUUUGUGCUAAUCAUUUUGUAACUCCUUGGAUGGAAUUGAAACCCAAUUGUGGUAGUGAUAGAGCAUGGGUAUGGAGUGUACUUGCUGACUAUGCAGAUGAACAACUUAAGCCAGAAUUACUUGCCAUAAGAUUUGCAAAUGCAGAAAAUGCAACUGUUUGGAAAGAAGCUUUUGAAAAGGCAAAGAAGAUAGUGGGCUCUGAGUGCGAAAUAUAUGCUGGCAAAAAUAACACUGAAGAAAAACAUGUUGAGAGUGAUAGUGAACCUUCUAGUGAUGUAAGUUAUAGUGAAAGUACUGAUAUUGAAGAACAAGCUAACAAAUUGACAGAAGGAGAUUUAAAAGUUGAGAGUAAUGAAACUGAAAAAGUGGAACUCUCUGAAAAACAAAUAAAAGAUGGGGAAACUAUGGAAAAAGUAGCUAAAGAACUUGAACAAUUGCAAGUUAAGGGUGUGGAAGAAAAGAAGUAAAAAUCUACAUCUCUAUGAAUUAGAAAUGCUAAUUAUAAGUGCACAUUCCAAUAUAAACAUACAUGCAUGCAUAUGCUUAAAUAUUUGAUCAUUGAAUUUAAUGUAGGAAAAUAUUUUAACAACGACGUUAAUAGGCAGGUUGAACAAAUUUUCAAUUUAUAAAUAAGACAAUAUUUAUACGAUCGUUAUAUGUUAUAAGUGAUUUCUUAAUGAAGGAUAUUUUAGCAUUUAUACUAUGAUGAACAAAUUGACACAUGUUAAAUUCAUCAGAAAUAAGAAAUUAAAAAGUAGGACAACUAUUUAAUCUUGAAUAUGCGAGGAUUUAUACAAUUUGAAAUGUUAUUCAAUUUUUAAAAAUGCUACUUAUAUGUUUUUAUAUAUUUUGAUGUGUAAUAAUAUUAAAAUUUUAGUGUU